AUGACCUCAAACUCAAAUGGCCCUGCUAUAUUUUUUGAUUCGCACCCAGAAGAACAGGAAGGCUAUCUCAAGUCAUGGCUUACGGUCAUACGUACCAAUCUAGCCAUAGCUGCAACCGGAAUUGUUGAGAGGUUCCAACAACCUGGGGAAUUACGUCUAAAGUGGAUCUCACACGAUGGUAAUGUUGGGUUCAAAGAUUAUCCCCUCCGCGAAUAUGAGCAGGCGCACAAAGAAUUUUAUGCGGUGUUGACUUUGCCAGAAGUUCGGCGUGCAAUGAUCCUUGGGUUUCCACAUCAAAAUCCAUACAUUUUGAUCAAUGGUAAAAAUCCAUGGGUAGAACGAUUUCAACGCGAGGAUAAUCAAAAAGAGAGACUUAUAAAGGAACAAAAGGCACGAAUUGCCGUUGCAGCAGUGAGAGGUAGAGAAUAUUUGGACAUUGAAGGCCUAGUGCGCAGCACCGAAAUUGAAGAAGAGAAAAGGCUCGAGAAAGAGAGAGAAAUUGAGGAUAAAAAAAUUGAAGAGGCGAUAAUGCGAAGAAAAGGACCUACCAAGCAAAAAUAUGCUGAUGAAGAAGAGGGGUUGCUCUCGGGCCAACGUGUUUGA